UUAAAAAAAAUUAUAUAUGUGAUGUGACCAAUGAAAGCCAUUCUAUCAUAUAAUACAAAACGGAAAGUAUAUUUAUCCAUUCCUUCAUAAUAUUUACAAAUUAUGGCUCCUUUGAGAAAAGAAAUUCUAACAUUUUAAAAAAUAAAAUAAAUGGAAGAAAUAUUAUCCCAAACAUCGGCAGGAAAUGCGACCAACACCACCGCAAAACCUACAAAAUGGAGAACUUACAAAAACCUGAUAGCUCUCAGCUUGUCAUUUUUUUUCUUGUUCUCGGUUUUCGUAUCCCUCUCUACCCUUCAAACUAGCAUUCACGGUAACAAUGGACUUGGCUCUACCUCCAUGUGCAUAAUAUACGCGUUCUUCGUUGUGUCUUGCCUAUUUUUACCAGAAUUGCUCAUAUCUUACCUGACUAUCAAAUGGACAAUCGUAUUAUCCAUGGUCAUAUACACCAGUUUCUUGGCGGCUGGUUUUGUACCCGCCUGGUACACCCUUUAUCCGACUUCGGUUCUCUUGGGACUCGCCGCUGGACCUCUGUGGAUUUCCCAAUCAGUUUAUAUAACUUCUCUUGGCAAAAUUCUUGGACAAUGCGUUGCCCCCUCCAGCGAUAAACAGAGUAUCGAAAAACGAAUGAAUAUAUCUAUCUUAUCCGUUACAGAAUCCUCAAAAUCCAUAAUUUCUACCGGAAAUGAUAGUAACAGUACUACAUUAGAGACUGAAGGAAAGGGAACGAGAACAGAUUCUGUAGCGACUAUAACGAUAUUCAUGUUUGGUAUUUUUUACGCCUUCUACCAGGCCGGAACCAUAUUGGGUCAGUUGAUUUCUUCGCUAACCUUGAAGAGCGAUAUCGUGAUUACAUCACGCGACAACAGUAGUGUAAACUAUUUUACCAACUGCGGAUCUGCCUUUUGCUCUGGCAACGACGCGGGAAAUUCUAACUUCAUACCUUCCCAAACUAAAUUGAACAUACUAUACAGCGUUUAUUUUGCUUUAUCCCUUUCGGCUCUGCUGGUAGUGCUAAUUUUUAUGGAUAAUAUUCCACAGAAAUCUAUCAAAGAUUAUAGCCAUAAUGUCGAUGUUAAGAAAAUUGCCUCCAUUUGGUCAAUGUGUUUUUCCACACUGAAUCAGAUGCGAGAUUUGAGACAACUAUUCAUGAUCCCAUUAUCCGUCUUCUUCGGCUUGCAUCAGGGCAUUGUAUCUGCCGAUUUAACUAAAGCCUACGUAACCUGUUAUUACGGAGUGGAAUACGUCGGAUACGUCAUGAUGGUGUACGGGGCGGUUAGCGCUGUAUUUUGCCCCGUCUCAGGUUACCUCAGUAAGAGGCUACCGUGCUGGUCACUGUUUUUAGUCGCCGCUAUAACCCACUCUAUAAUUUUUGUCAUUUUGGCCUUCGCCAAACAAGCUUUCGUUAGCCACUUCUAUCUGAUAUUCGUGGUAGCGGGUCUAUUGGGAUUCUUUUUUGGCAUUUUUCAGCCACAAAUCAAUGGUUUAUACAGCACGAUAUUUCAAGAGAACCCUGAACCGGCAUUUGCCAAUCACAGAUUAUGGGAAUCGGUGGGAAUGAUAAUAAGUUUCAGCUAUCACGAGGUCCUAUGCAUGAAAUCGAAACUCAUAUUCUUGUCAAUCAUCUUAGCCUUGGCUACUGUCUCUUACGUUAUUUUGGAAACUAGAAUCAAAAAGAGGAUUAUGAGAUGAUUCUAUAAGGUGUAAAUGAAGAUUCUAUCAAAUAAUAAUAACAAAUACUAAAUGACAAAACUAAAACAUUGUAAUAGUGUGUCAAACCCAACAUUCUAUGUUUUUCUUGGCAGAAAUGCGUUAAACC